CGCAUAUACCCAGGCCAACCAGCCAAAGCCCCCUCCCCCCUCUCAUCGCCUCCGCCUCCGACCUCGAGCACUCCUCUCCCCCAAUGGCGACGGCACCCGCACCCCUCUCGCUCUCCGCCUCCACGCUGCCCGCGCGGCUCCGUGCCGGAGCGGUGCCGGCGGGAGCGCGCUGGAGGCAGCAGCCGCGGCGCGGGCGGAUGGUGGUGCGCGCCAAGAUCCGGGAGAUCUUCAUGCCGGCGCUCAGCUCAACCAUGACGGAGGGCAAGAUCGUCUCCUGGUCCGCCGGAGAGGGUGAUCGCGUCUCCAAGGGCGACGCCGUCGUGGUCGUCGAGUCCGACAAGGCCGACAUGGACGUCGAGACCUUCCACGACGGCAUCGUGGCGGCCGUCCUCGUCCAGGCCGGCGAGUCCGCGCCGGUGGGCGCACCCAUCGCGCUGCUCGCGGAGUCGGAGGAGGAGGUGCCGCUCGCGGUCGCCAAGGCUCAGGAGCUCUCCAACGGCAACGGGCAGCCGCAGCAGGCGCCUCCUGCUCCGACGGAGGAUGCCGCAGCGGCGCCGCCCCCUCCUCCUCCGGCUCCGGCGGCUGCUCCCGCGCCGGUGGCUGCGGGGACGAAGGGCAUCGCCAGCCCGCACGCUAAGAAGCUGGCUAAGCAGCACAGGGUGGACCUUGCCAAGGUGACUGGCACCGGGCCGUAUGGUCGAAUUACGCCGGCAGAUAUUGAGGCGGCUGCCGGAAUCCAGCCGAAGCCAAAGCCCGCCCCUGCUGCUGCUGCGCCACCACCUGUGGCUGCGCCUUCAGUGGGUGCAGUGCCUCAGGCGGCAGUGCUACCACCGGUUCCUGGCGCCACUAUUGUUCCAUUCACUACCAUGCAGGCUGCAGUGAGCAAGAACAUGGUGGAGAGCCUGGCAGUGCCAGCAUUCCGCGUCGGCUACCCCAUUGUAACCGAUAAGCUCGAUGCGCUGUAUGAAAAGGUUAAGCCAAAGGGAGUGACAAUGACAGUGCUGCUGGCGAAGGCUACAGCCAUGGCUCUUGUGCAGCACCCUGUUGUCAAUGCUAGCUGCAGGGAUGGAAAGAGCUUCACAUACAACAGUAACAUCAACAUUGCAGUGGCUGUGGCAAUUGAUGGCGGCCUUAUUACACCCGUCCUUCAGGAUGCUGACAAGCUGGAUAUAUAUUUGCUCUCACAAAAUUGGAAGGAUCUGGUCAAGAAAGCACGUGCAAAACAGCUCCAACCAAAUGAGUACAGCUCUGGGACUUUUACACUGUCCAACCUGGGUAUGUUUGGUGUAGAUCGGUUUGAUGCGAUCCUUCCGCCUGGCCAGGGAGCUAUUAUGGCUGUUGGAGCCUCCAAACCUACAGUCGUGGCUGAUAAAGAUGGUUUCUUUAGCGUCAAGAGCAAAAUGCUGGUCAAUGUCACUGCUGAUCACAGGAUUGUAUAUGGUGCUGAUUUGGCAGCAUUCCUACAAACUUUUGCAAAGAUUAUUGAGGAUCCUGAGAGCUUAACUUUGUAAGAUCUCUUGAAGAGUUAUCUAUAUACCCAUAAGUAGUCUGAUUGCAGUUGGAGUUCUAUUGUUGAUCUCCAAUUUUUGUAUCUUUGAGCAUUCAACAGGAUUUGUCUGAUCUUUUUUGUACCAAUUCCUAUCUCUCAAUGUUGUGGGUCUUGUUGGAGAAAUUAUACUGUUGAUAUUAUGGAAUUGUUGGAGAGCAAUAAGUUAUAAACUGUAGAAUAGUUCUGCAGAUUUUAUCUCUAAAAUAUGGUUUAUAUCCCUUUUUCAUUUA